AUGAAGCUUUCUGGAUCGCGUAUUCUUCUGUUUCUUGCGGGAUAUUCCGCGGGAACCCGAAUCGACCUGCAAUCUCGAUUCCAGCGGCCUCCAAGGUCUUUGGUUGAACAAAAGAAUGGCUGCAAGUGCCCAGUUGAACCUCGGCCUCAGUAUCAUCUUCAGGGACAAUGGUUUCUGAAUCUUCGAACAUGCGAUCCCAAUGGCAAGCUUUUCAUCCGCUCUGGAAGAAGCUCUCCGAGGUCAAAAGAAUGCAUCCCAACUCAGUUUGGCUACGAAAAUCACCCGAGCGGAAAAUCGAAUGAUCAAAUUCUCGUCAUUACCAAAUGCGGCUGUGCAUAA